GACUUGCAGCUGAUCUUGUGGCGGGAUGAUCCCUCAGAGCCACUGAGGGUGUACCGACUCAACACCGUGACGUACGGAACGGCAUCCGCACCGUAUCUAAGUUGUAGAUGUUUAAAGGAAUUAGCCAAACACUCGAAUGUUCCGUCGCGUACGGAGCUUGCGCAUACGCUCGUACGAUCAAUGCAACAGCUGAUGUCACAGUGCGCUUGAUAUGUUCGAAGGGUAAGAUCGCGCCGACUAAACCUACAACUAUACCUAGAUUAGAGUUGUGUGGUGCGUUGUUAGGUGCACGAUUAUAUAAUAAGCUUAUUGGAUCACUGCGUUCAAACUUUGAUAAAAUUGUAUUUUGGACAGACUCAACUAUCGUUUUAGGUUGGUUAGGUAUGCCUAUUAAUUUAUUAAAACCUUAUGUUCAAAAUAGGACGGCAGAGAUUCACGAGCUCACCAAGGAACAUCCAUGGCGUCACGUCGCAGGCAAGGAUAAUCCAGCCGAUUUAGUCUCACGCGGGCAAGGUCUAGAAGCGCUUAGCUCCUCAUCUUUAUGGUGGGAGGGUCCGUUAUUUUUACAUAAUGUACAUUUUGAGUUGCCCGCUUUAAAACAUUCCAAAUUAAUUAAUUCAGAUUUACCGGAAAUUAAAUCUAUAAAUAUUUGUUGUCACAUAAGUAAUAAUUUAAACGAUAAUUUAAUUAUUUUUUCUCGAUUUUCACAAUAUAAUAGACUUAAACGCGCUGCUGCUUAUGUAUUACGUUUUAUUAAUAACGCGCGAAAUAAAACUAAUAAGUGGACAGGUUUAUUAUCAGUUGAGGAAUUAAAUCGUGCUGAAUUAACGUUAGCAAAGUUGAGUCAACAGGAAUCGUUUCCCGAUAUUUAUUAUGCGCUUAAAAAUAAUAAAAAUAUAACGAAUAUAUCAGGCUAUAAUCAAAUUUCUAAAUUAAAUGUAUUCUUUGACGCAAAUAAUAAUUUAAUUCGAGUAGGUGGGCGUAUUCAAAAUUCGCCAAAUUUUAGUUUUAAUAAAAAAUUUCCUAUUUUAAUCGCAUCUAAUCAUCAUUUUUCACUUUUGCUUUUUCGGUUCGAGCAUGAACGUUUACUCCACGCCGGGCCACAGCUUCUACUGUUUACGCUCAGAGAGAUGUGGUGGCCGGUCGGCGGCAGAAACCUCGCUAGGAAGGUGGUACAUUCGUGCAUGCGCUGCGCACGACUGCAACCGACUACGGUUGCGCCUAUUAUGGGGAAUCUACCGCAGGAGCGUCUGGACCCAGGUUAUCCGUUUAUACGUUGUGGUGUCGACUACGCUGGCCCAGUGUUCACGUUGAAUCGUAAAGGCAGAGGUGCUAAGCUACAAAAAUCGUACAUAUGCUUAUUUAUAUGUUUUGUUACACGCGCGGUUCACUUGGAACUUGUUAGCGAUCUAUCGUCGGAAUCAUAUCUCUUAGCUUUGAAACGUUUUAUAUCGCGGCGAGGUAAACCCGUGACUAUCUUUUCUGACAAUGGGAAGAAUUUUGUUGGUCUCAUGAAUGAUUUCAAAAAAUUUUUAGCUACCUGUUCUGAUGAAAUUAAAGCAUAUGCAACUUCACAAAAUAUUAAUUUUAAAAUGAUACCUUUUUACGCUAGCCAUUUCGGGGGAUUGUGGGAAGCUGGAGUAAAAAGCUGCAAGCACCAUCUCAAACGUGUAAUAGGUAACGCACAUCUAACGUUCGAGGAGUUUAGCACAGUAUUGACCCAGGUUGAAGCUGUCCUGAACUCCCGUCCUUUGACCCAUCUUUCCACAGAUCCCAAUGAUUUCCUUCCACUUAGCCCUGCACAUUUCCUGGUUGGUCGUCCGCUAACUGCACCUGUAACGGCUGAGAAUCUAUACGACGUGCCUGAGCUUCGCCUCCCGAGGUUCCAGAGGGUGGAACAAAUACGCCAGCACUUUUGGAAUCGUUGGUCCAAAGAGUAUGUCUCCGAGAUGCAAACGCGAACCAGAUGGCACCAGCACAAGGGGGAUCUCAAGGAAAACACGCUCGUUCUCAUUAAGGAUGACCGAUUGCCACCAUUGAAGUGGAGCUUGGGGCGCAUCCACGCGACAUAUCCGGGGAAGGAUGGAGUAGCACGAGUGGCUGACAUUCGUACUGCAGACGGCAUCGUGCGUCGGGCGUUCACUAAAAUUUGUCCGCUUCCUUCACCAGAUAGCUGAUUCUUCGCUUCGUGGUCGACAGUUCGUUGGAACCAGCACGUUCCAAGGCCGGGAGCAUGUUGGCGCAACAAAAUCGUGCGGAACGGAGCGUUGGUACUGCGUCAUCGCGGCGUCACGUCGCGGCGCCGUGCGAUUGGCCGCGGAUGACCCUACCACUGUCCUCUACGACUUCAACUUGCCACGCAGCCGUCGAGCAGUUAACUCCUUCGCUAAAAUUCACUGUCCUAACGCACUUUUGUAAUUUUGAGUAAUAAAUUUUUAUACGCGCAAAAUUUACUUUCUUCUUCUUCG